AUGGAAGGCAGCUUGAGCAUGAUGGGUGGUGGUGGUUCUUCAUCAUUAUAUCUGGUUUCUUGCAAACAACAUGAUAAUAAAAACAUGGGGGCCAGGUUUCUUGAUGUGUCACCCCUGCUUCAUCAUCAUUCUGAUCAUCGACGUCAUCGUAACUACUACUACCACUACAACAUCAGCAGCAAAUUAGACGUGGGCUUAACCAAACUACUCCUCUCAAUAUCAUCAUCAUCAUCAUCAUCAUCAGCAAGUAGUGUUUCUUGUUCAUCGCUCAACGGACAACACACAACAGUUGAAGCAGAAACAGAAACGGUUCGCGUGAAAUUCCAGUUACAUAAAGAAUGCUCCUUCGGACAGAACUUUUUGAUAACAGGGGAUGAUCCAGUUUUGGGUUUAUGGGAUCCAAACCAUGCCAUUCCUCUAACAUGGUCAGAAGGUCAUUCAUGGACUAGUGCACAUCUUGACUUACCGAUAGGAAGAUGCAUCAAGUUUAAGUUCAUAUUAAUGCAAGAAAGUGAUGGGGUAAUCGUGUGGCAACCUGGUCCCGAUAGGGUUCUCGAAUGCUUCAAGACUGACAAGACGAUGACUUUGUGUGAAGAUUGGGAAGACCCUGAUUCGCGCAAGAUAAUAAUCGAUGCAAUCGAGCCACCACCACCAGCAUUAAAUCAAGAAAUCCAUAUGGCAGAACCAUUAUUGGCCAGGGCGAAUAAUGACAAUACUGAAGAACCAAAUGUGUCUGCAACAAGUAUGAAAUUGGUAUCAGCUGAUGAAAGGGGGGUGCCUGUUCUUGUACCUGGUUUGAAUCAAUAUCAACUAGAUGAGGAUCCUGUCAUUCAUAAUUUAGCUUCAAAUGAUUAUGAACCCCCAGAAUCCCUUAUUAUUAACGGAUCUGCUAUGCUGGUGUCAACAGAACCUGAUAGGGCUAAGGACCUCAUAUUGCCUGAUGAGUUAGAUUUGAAAGGGGAUGCAUGUACCUCAAAUUUGAAUCCAAGACCCGAGAUAUCAUCCAUACCUGAAAUUCAAGAUUCUAGGGAGAAUGAACAUCAAGAAAGACAGCAAGUAACCGAAGAACAAGUUACAGUACCACCAAGGGAACAUUCACCUCACAACAACGUCAAAUGGGGCCAUAAUGCUGUACAGAAACUCUUCAGCAUUUUUGGCAUUCGAUAGGGCUCCAAAAAACUUGAUCUAUUGUACGUGUGUAUGAGUAUAUCAAAAGUUGUAGAUGAUCAAAACCAUCUUGUACAUACGUACUGCAGCAAGCUGUCAGACAGAAUUUAUAUUAUGCUGCUUUGAAAUUUUGAUACGUAGAUGUAAAUAUCUAAAUUGAUCAUUGUAGUACUGUUUGUUUAUCUCAAUAACAUUUUUAGGUGAAGUAUAA